AUGGAUCCUACAUACUCGAAGAACCUCCAGAUCACACCCAAUGAUAUGACCAGCAACAACCUCUGGGUCAAUCAGCAGAUGUCACAUCCAGACAACAAGCAGAUGUUCCAUGACAUCUGUAAGGAGCUGAAGUCCGAGGGUUGGAAAGCCGCAUACACUCGAAUUGCGGUGACCAUGUGCAAGCACAAUAUCGACAAUAUCAAAGGCCGAGUUCUGCUGCAAGUGUACCCAAACGAGGCCUAUGACACCCAAGCGGUCCUCGACUCUGCUCGAGCGUAUGCGAAAGAAUUCGAGAGGAUUGGUAUCCCUCAAGAUCGAUACUGCAUCAAGAUUCCUUCCACAGGCCCAGCCCUGAAUGCUUGUCCGAUCCUCAAGAAGGAAGGGAUCCGCACUCUUGGAACAGCUUUGUUUGGUCUCCCUCAAGCCAUUGCGGCCAGUCAGGCGGAAUGCCUUUACAUCAGCCCAUACUUCAACGAGGUGAAGGCGCAUGAUGACCUCAAACUGUGGCCGAAUGUCGAAGAUCCUGCACGAGAGCACCCAAUGUCUGCGCGUACGCUUCAGAUCUUAGAAACGUAUGCGAAGCUGUAUAAGCAGACUGGGAAGGAGCAGCCACUGCUUAAACAAGCCAGCUUCAUUACGGCCAAAGAAGCAAUGGCAGCUGGCGAGCAUGGCUGCCACUCCGCCACAAUCUCGCCUCAGGUUUUGGACGAGCUGGCAGGUCUGCAGUAUGACGGCACCAAGCAACCUGGCGAAGGAAGGCCAAAGCCUCAGCCAUCUGGAUUCUAUACCAGCUACAGCACACCCGAUCGGCUCAGAGAGGUAUCGAAAGUCGAUCCACUUUGGGCGGCUAAGAUCGACUGGAAGCUUGCCAGCACAGAGGUCGACUAUCUGGCCAACAAUGGAGAAGAGCUGGCGAAGGCGAUCGAAGGCGAUCCGGUCACGAAACAGAGGCUGAAGGAUGCGCUCGAGCUGUUCACAGGCGGUCUGCUUGAAAGCAAGGCGAAGAUCGAGAAAGCCUUCCAGGAGGUCUGA